AUGGAGUCUUGGGCGGCCAUUUGCGGUCUGUUUGCGGCCAUUGUCAGCAUGGUUUUGGACGUCGCGCUGUUCUGGAGAGAUAAACUGGUGUCAUGGUGGAGGUCCAAGUCCCCUCGAGAUAGACUGCUGCAUCGUCUGAAGGCAGCUCAGACAUAUGAGGAAUGGGAAGAAUGCGCUUUUGAGCUGGACGAACUGUUGGGUACAGACGUAUGGCGCCAGAACCCAGCAAACCGCCAUUAUGACUAUCGACUCAUCCUUGGGCGAUUAGAGGCCCUCAUGAGCGCCCGAGAAGAUGAAGAUAUCCUAACUCUGGCUAACCUCCUUCGUUCCGGCCUCGUUCGCAAUCUGGGCAACAUCACCUCGCCCAAACUCUACAUCCACGCCUAUACAGGCACAAAACUACUGAUUGAUGACUAUAUCACGCAGGUUGCGCUCUCCAUCCAACACGUCACGACGUUGCAAACAGCCCCUUUGCACGACAGCAGGUUCUCGUCGCAGGCCAAGUUGGAGCUGUUACAUGAUACGCGUCAGGCGUUUGGUCGUACGACGUUGCUCUUACAAGGCGGGUCGAUAUUUGGACUGUGUCAUCUAGGUGUGGUGAAAGCGCUGCAUUCCCAGGGUCUCCUUCCUAGGAUUAUCACCGGGACGGCUACUGGGGCUCUUAUUGCUGCGCUCGUUUGUGUUCAUACGGAGGAUGAGCUGUUGGCGUUUUUGGAUGGUGAUGGUAUUGACUUGACCUGUUUCGAUUAUCGCCAGCGAGCCUCGUGGGGGUGGUCUGAUAAUGGGUUAUUGGGGACAUUGUUUCAACAGAUGAAACGAGUUAUCCAUAAGGGGUAUUUCCUUGAUGCACAACUUCUAGAGGAAUGUGUGCGAGACAAUCUGGGCGAUUUGACCUUUGAAGAAGCUUACGCGCGCUCAAAGCGCAUCUUGAACAUUACCGUUGCUACGUCUGGCAAAACUGGGAUACCGAAUCUGCUCAACUACCUAACGGCACCGAAUGUGUUAAUCUGGUCCGCUGCAGCUGCAUCAAACUCAUCUACAGUGACCAACCAGCCGGUGACAAUAUACUGCAAGGACGAGACCGGCUCAAUUGUUCCAUGGCCACACUCACAAGACGCAAUCUUCCGGCCAUGGUUUAACGUGCACUACAACGACGGAGAAUCGCCACUAUCCCGAAUCGCCGAAUUAUUCAACGUUAACCAUUUCAUAGUCUCGCAGCCGCGGCCAUAUCUUAUUCCCUUCCUCAGCACCGAACUAGAUCUCUUAGACCGACGACAAGCAGGCAAAUGGAACAUCACCCGCUCUCUAAUGCGUCUCGUCACAGCCGAAAUUCGUCACAGACUACGACAGCUCGAUUACCUAGGUCUCCUGCCGCAAAUAGCAGGCCGACUCCUCAUCGAAGAAACCAUACCCGGUCCAAACUUAACUCUCGUUCCCGACCUCUCGUUGAGCGAUUUCGCGCAGCUCCUGCAGCGACCCAGCAAAGAAAGUCUAGCUAAUUGGGUUCUGAAGGGUGAGAAGGGUGUCUGGCCGGCUGUGUCUGCGCUCAAGGUCCGUUGUGCUAUUGAGAUCGCGCUGGAUAAGGGGUAUCAGAUUGUUCGUCGACGGGGACCAAGGGAGACCUCACCUGUUGCUAGUAUGAGUGGACCGCGUCGUCGUCCGAAUGAGGGGGCUGUGAGGAGACGACGAAAGAGUGAUUUUGGGUUUGGGAGGAGUACGAGUACGUUGGGAUAA